UUUUGCCUCGUGCUGCCUCACAGCGUGUCACCGCGCGCCCAGGAACAGGUACGGCUGCUUUCCCUGUGAGAGGAUUCUGUUUUUAAAAAAAUAUAUAUAUAUACGCCUGCGGACACAUGCGGACAUGUACAUAACUGUACGUAUCACGAGUGCACCAGACGCUGCCAGCGCGUCCCGAGGCGCAAGAGUGCCCCCGAAACGUGAGCGCGGCCGCCCCACAAGGGCGGGAUGCCAUCGCGACCCUCCCUGUCACGGCAGCUGCGGCUGCUCCAGCGAGCGGCGGGGUGCCCUUGGCCAAUCAGCCAGCGCGCCCGCGCUCCGUCCCGCCUCCCCGCCUCCUUUGUGAGGAGCCAAUAGGCCGGUGAGGCUGUCGCUUUUUCCUGCGCUCGACCACGCUCCUCUUUCUGCAGGCGAUAGGUCAGGGCCGCCGUCACUCUUCUCUCUUCCCACCUCCCAUUGGCGGAGCCGAGCCGGCGGGCGGCGCCGAUCGGCAUUGGGGCGGGGCGCGGCGCGGCGGAGGCCGUUGGCGGCGGCAUGGCGAGCUGCCGGCGGCUGAGCGGUGCGGCGCUGCGGGAGGUGCUGGGUUCGGCGCAGGGGCUGCUCUUCGACUGCGACGGAGUGCUGUGGGCGGGCGAGUCCGCCGUGCCUAGCGCUCCCGAGCUGCUGGAGCGGCUGCAGCGCAGCGGCAAGGCCGCACUUUUCGUCAGCAACAACAGCCGGCGCUCGGUGGCAGAGCUGGAGCUGCGCUUCAGCCGCUUGGGCUUCCGCGGCGUCCGCGCCGAGCACGUCUUCAGCUCCGCGCUCUGCUCUGCGCUCUUCCUCCGCCAGCACCUCCUGAGCGGAGGGGCGGGCGACGGCAGCGCGGUGGGCCGCGUCUUCGUGCUGGGCGGCGAGGGGCUGCGGGGCGAGGUGCGGGACGCCGGGCUGUGCCUGGUGGGAGAGGGCGAGCGGGGAGCGGAGCAGGUGCACGCCGUGCUGGUGGGCUACGACGACCAGUUCACCUUCGCCAAGCUUUCCCAGGCCUGCGCCUACCUGCGCGACCCCCGCUGCUUGCUGGUGGCCACCGACCCUGACCCAUGGCACCCGCUGAGCGACGGGCAGCGCACCCCCGGCACUGGCAGUCUCACAGCUGCAGUGGAAACAGCUUCAGGCCGCAAGGCGCUGGUGGUGGGGAAGCCUAACACCUACAUGUUUGAUUGCAUCGUGGAGCGUUUCGGCGUCGACCCAUCCCGUACCCUCAUGGUGGGAGACCGUCUGGAGACAGAUAUCCUCUUUGGCAAGAACUGCAGCCUCUCUACCAUCCUCACGCUGACAGGUGUCUCCCGCCUGGAAGAGGCACUGGCCUACAUGGCCAGCGACAGUGCUGCUGCCAAGGAUAUGGUGCCCAAUUACUACGGGGGCAGUUUCUUUGGGCCUCCCUUACUGUCCACGUCCUAUAUUGAUGUUCUUACACUCACCGUGUUUCUGGAUAUAAUAAAGUGUGAGCGUAGGCUGGAAA